CCAACCGCUAUGUAAUAAGAAUAUUCUGAUUUGUCUGGAGGGAGAGAAUGGAGGAUGCAGCUGGGUUGAGGUUGCCAUUUCAGCAAUACUCGAAGAUAGUACCCAGUGUUUAGAACAUCACAACAUUCGAUGCAACCACCUGAGCUGGUCCAAGUUCAGCCAGUUAUUAAAGGAUAUAGAGCUCGACUUGGAUCUCCACAACUCCAGAAUCCAGUACGACGAGGGCGGAAGAAGGGAGCAAGUUUCUAUUGGGAAACAAUUCAGGAGAGCCAUAUCAGAAUUGGAACGUCAAACGCAGUACCCACAGGAUAGAAGAGUCAAGUUGAGCAUGACACUCUACAUUAAAGAGGAUACGGUCGAGUAGGAAGGUGGGAGAAUGGAGAUGGUUGAGAUAUUAGAUCCACUGCUUCUAUCCUCUUACAAGAAUGCCUUUUUCUUUUCUUGUUGUCUUUUCUCGUUGCAUUUCCUUGUUGCGUUUCCUCGUUGCGUUUCUAGGCUAAUCGUGUUGCUUCUACCCCGCUUUAUGGAUAUCUCUCUCUCUCUCUCUCUAAUGUUUCUUAUGGUCGUAUACUUUACCUUUCAUUCUUACUUGACUUCGCAUCUUGUGCUGAUGUCGACACAGCUCCCGGUAGCCACCCGAUCGUUCAUGGUCAAGGUGGUAGUGGAGGCGGAGGAGGCGGAGGAGGUGAUGGAGGUGAUGGCUAACCACCCAAUCGUUCCCUAUACCGGCUCAUGGGGUCAUCAAACUGAGCGUCCACUUCCUUAUACUGAACUGCUCGAUCAAGUCUUUCGAAUGCUGGAUUCACAAUGCGGCUUCAUUCGACGAGAGGUGGAAUACAUUUUGAGCCACCAAUCUACCUUCUCACAAAAGCGGGAGCCCCAUUUAUGGAAGGAAAACAACCCGGAUUUCCCGAAUGCAUAUGUCAAGUAUAAACUCGGCAAGUCUACUUCUGCAUCAGCAAUGCUUAUUCAACCUCUUGGAAACGAGAAUGUUGAAGGAGAACAGUGUGACACGUGUAAGAAAUCCAUGGAGCAGGCCGCGAAAACAAGGAAGAAAGUCUCUUGCUAA